AUGUCUGCUAAAACUUUGAAAGCAAUUGUCUUUGACAAGGAUACCGUCUCAUUGGAUAUCUUGGAUCAGCUCGUACUCCCAUAUUCGACCACAUACCUCCACAUUCAAUCUAUUGAAGAUGCCUUCUCUGCCAUCAAGUUGAUGCAAGUACGUGGAGCUCCAGCUAUUGCUAUUGUUGGAGCAUUUGCUAUUGCCGUCGAUACCAAGAACUAUUUGAAGUCUGGUGCCAAUGAUUCUGACAAAACCGUGGCCAACUUGCUUGCUUCCAUCGACUACUUAGUGACCUCCAGACCAACAGCAGUGAAUCUCUCCAAUGCUUGCACUGAGAUCAAGCACUUGUUGAAGGAGAAAUUUGACGAGUCCCACUUGGUGGAUGAUGAGGUAUUCAAGGUCCUUUUUGAUUAUUCGGUGGCAUUGCAUGAAGACGACUUGGCCAACAACUACAAAAUUGGAGAAAACGGCUUGAAGUACAUCACCGAGACCUUGAAAAGCCAAAACUUCAAGGGCCCCUUCUCUAUUGUAACCAUUUGUAAUACAGGUUCUUUGGCUACUUCUGGCCACGGAACUGCUUUGGGUAUCAUUCGUUCUGUUCAUGAGAAAUUGUCGAAAUCCGUUUCUGCUGAAAAUUUCUGGUUCGAACAUGCCUAUCCUUUGGAGACUCGGCCAUACAACCAGGGUGCAAAGUUGACAACAUAUGAAUUACAAUACGAACAGAUUCCAUUCACUCUUAUUUGUGACAAUAUGGCUACGUCGUUGAUUUCGACUUUGAAAAAGGGCAAGCCUAUCAAGGACAGUGCAGCACCUGUGAAGUUCAUCAUCGUGGGUGCAGACAGAGUUGUCAAGAACGGAGACUCUGCCAACAAGAUCGGAACUUAUCAAUUGGCUGCCAUUGCUGACAGUUUCAACUCGAAAUCUUCUACGAAGGAAGAACUCAUCAAGUUUAUUGUUGCUGCUCCAAAAACCACUAUUGAUUAUGCAACUGAAACUGGUGAUGAUAUUGUCAUCGAAGAAAGACCUGCCAACGAGUUAACUACACUCAAAGGGCCGCUUCUAGACGCAGAAGGUGCAAUUGGAGAAAAGGUGACGGUGGGAAUUGCUACUCCUGGUAUUCAAGUGUGGAACCCGGCAUUUGAUGUUGCUCCUCAUGAAUUGAUUGACUGUAUUGUUACUGAGGAUCGUCCAAUUGAGAAGGUGCAAGGCAAAUUUGAGCUUUGA